CCAACUCAUUGUGAUGACACUAUACAUAGCAUAAAACCAAAGAGAGUAGUACCAUAUAAACUCCUACUUGGGUUCAUGUCCCUUGCUUUCCAACAGUCAUAUUGUAGUUGAAUGGGGCAGUAGAUGUUUUGAGAUGGAGAAAGGAAAGACCUCAAUUUUCCAGCUCUUUCGAUAUGCUGAUACGGGUGAUAAAUUGCUGAUGUUGUUGGGUACAGUGGGAAGCAUUGGAGAUGGCAUGAUGUAUCCUUUAACGAUGUUUGUUCUCAGUAGGACGAUCAACACUUAUGGGAGUGCAAGUGCCUCGUUUACCAGGGACGAUGCUGAUAAGUAUACCCUCGAGUUACUACUUGUGGCAUUGGGAGUUGGAACAAGUGCUUUUCUUGAAGGAUUCUGUUGGACUAGAUCUGCUGAGACUCAGACAUCAGAGAUGAGGAGGAGGUACCUUGAGGCUGUCCUGAGGCAAGAUGUCAGUUUCUUCGACAGCAAUACUUCCACGACAGCAACCUACCAAGUAGUCUCAAGCAUCUCAUCUGAUGCUGAUACAAUUCAUGAUGUCCUAAGUGAGAAGAUACCCAACAUCCUCUCCAAUGUUACAGCAUUCUUCUCCACUAUUAUAGUAGCCUUCAUACUCUCAUGGAGGCAGACAAUAGUUACUCUCCCAUUUACUCUCCUUUUCAUUGUUCCUGGGGUUGUUUAUGGGAAGCUUCUGAUGGAGGUGGCAAAAGAGAUGGGUGAGGCAUAUGGAAUUGCAGGUGGUAUAGCAGAGCAGGCGAUUUCAUCGAUCAGAACUGUAGUCUCAUAUGUUGGAGAAUCUAGAACAUUAGAGAGGUUCAAACAAGCCCUUGAAAGAACUACAGCACUUGGGAUAAAGCAAGGCUUUAUAAAGGGAGUGGUGGCGGGGAGCAUGGGAAUGGUUUAUGCAGUCUGGGCUUUUCAGGCAUGGUUUGCUAGUGUCUUGGUGACAAAGACUGGGGCUCAAGGCGGCAGUGUCUUUGUUUCUGCAAUAUGUGUCAACCUGGGUGGACUGUCUAUUAUGAGUGCACUUCCAAAUAUCAAAUACUUCUCUGAGGCAAUGACUGCUGCUUCACGAUUAUUUGAAAUGAUUGACAGACUCCCUCCUCCUGACUCCAUUAAUGGAAGAGGGACAACUAUAGAAGAGCUAAGAGGAGAAAUUGAAUUCAAAGAUGUUAUUUUCACUUACCCCUCAAGACCUGAUAGCAUAGUCCUCUGUGGCUUCAAUCUUCAAGUGGCAGCAGGACAAACCAUUGGCUUGGUUGGUGGUAGUGGCUCCGGUAAAUCCACGAUCAUCUCCUUGCUCCAAAGGUUCUACAAUCCAGACAAAGGAAAAAUCCUCUUGGAUGGUCACAAUAUCAGAAAACUGCAGCUUAGGUGGCUCAGAUCUCAGAUUGGUCUGGUUAGUCAGGAGCCAAUUCUCUUUGCAACUUCUAUCAAAGAGAACAUACUAUUUGGAAAUGAGGAGGCCUCAAUGGAACUCAUUGUCAGUGCAGCAAAGGCAGCCAAUGCACAUGAUUUCAUCACUAAAUUACCCAAUGGAUAUGAAACUCAUGUAGGGCAAUUUGGUUUUCAGAUGUCUGGAGGGCAAAAGCAAAGGAUAGCAAUUGCCAGGGCACUGAUCAGAGACCCAAAGAUAUUGCUGCUUGAUGAAGCAACCAGUGCAUUGGAUGCGCAGUCUGAGAGACUUGUGCAAGAUGCACUAGAUCAGGCUGCAGUAGGGAGAACGACAAUUAUCGUUGCUCACCGGCUUAGCACACUUAGUAGAGCAGAUAUGAUUGCUGUUCUUCAGAUGGGGAAAGUGGUAGAAUUCGGUAACCAUGAUCAGCUCACCCAACAUAAUGGGGAAGGUGGAAUCUACUCUAGAAUGGUAGAACUACAGAAAGCAGUGGUGAGUGGAGAAGUUAGGCCAACAACAAGAAGCAGAAGUCAUGGUAGGACAAUGAGCAGUGUGAAUUCUACAAGUUCAAUCAUGCCCAGCUACCAAGAACAAUCAUGUGUCAAAGAAGGUGAUCCCCCGGGUCUCAAUCAAGUAUACUGUAAGCGUUCGAACCCUUCUCAAUGGCGACUCAUGAAAUUGAACAAACCUGAGUGGAAGAGAGGACUGCUAGGUUGCAUUGGUGCAGUUACAUAUGGUGCAAUCCCGCCCAUACAUUCCUUUAACUUGGGUUCAGUUCUCUCCGUCUACUUCCUCCAAGACAAUGAACUUAUCAGGUCGAAAACAAGAUCAUACUGCUUCAUAUUCCUGUCCCUGGCAUUCAUCACUCUCACUGCCAACAUUAUGCAACACUACAACUUGGGAAUCAUGGGGGAGAGGUUGACAAAGAGGGUAAGAGAAAAUUUUCUAGUGAAGGUUCUGUCCUUUGAGAUUGGGUGGUUCGAUGAAGACGAAAACUCAAGUGCAGCAAUUUGUGCAAGAUUAGCCACAGAAACGAACAAGGUUCGGUCCCUUGUCGGAGACCGUCUAUCACUGAUACUUCAGUCCUCUACUGGAAUUUUACUUGCUUUCAUACUUGGACUUGUGAUCACUUGGAGGCUAGCAAUUGUGAUGAUUGCCAUACAACCUUUGGUCAUUGCCAGUUGCUAUCUGAGGAAAGUUCUGAUGACCACCAUGUCGAAGAGGGCCAAGAAAGCACAAAUUGAAGGAAGUCAGUUGGCAAGUGAAGCUGUAGUGAACCACAGGACCAUCACUGCAUUCUCUUCUCAAAAGAGGAUGCUGGACCUCUUUGAAAUUGCUCAAGAAGGGCCAAGGAAGGAGAACAUUAAGCACUCUUGGUUCUCAGGCCUGUGUUUGUUCCUCUGCCAGUUCAUUACCACGGCUGCUGUAGCAUUGACCUUCUGGUAUGGAGGAAGGCUAAUGGCAAAAGGCCUGAUAACCUCGAAACAUUUGUUCCAAGCUUAUUUCGUCCUGAUGAGUAUAGGUAAAUAUAUAGCAGAUGCAGGAAGUAUGACUUCUGAUUUGGCAAAGGGUACAGAUGCAGUCAGGUCAGUUCUUGAAAUACUUGAUAGGAGAAGUAAGAUUGAGCCAGAUGAUCCAGAAGGAAUUAAGGAGAAGACUCUCAUCAUAGGUGAUAUUGAGCUCAAGAACGUGUCUUUUUAUUAUCCAACAAGACCUGAACAGAUUAUUCUCAAUGGACUAAAUCUGAAGAUUGAAGCUGGAAAAACACUGGCAUUGGUCGGACAAAGUGGCUCCGGCAAAUCGACUAUUAUCGGGUUGAUCGAAAGAUUCUAUGACCCAUCAACAGGUUCUAUAGAGAUUGAUGGACAGAACAUCAAAAGCUACAAUUUGAAAUACCUUAGAUCUCACAUUGCAUUGGUCAGCCAGGAGCCAACUCUCUUUGCAGGAACUAUUCGCGACAAUAUCUUAUAUGGAAAAGAGAGUGCUACUGAGAAUGAGAUAAUGAAUGCAGCAAUGCUUGCCAAUGCUCAUGAAUUCAUAAGCUGCAUGGAGAGUGGCUAUGAAACACACUGUGGAGAACGAGGAAUUCAACUCUCUGGUGGGCAGAAACAAAGAAUUGCAUUAGCUCGAGCAAUACUGAAAAACCCAGCAAUUCUGCUCUUGGAUGAGGCCACCAGCGCACUGGACAGUGUGUCAGAGAACUUAGUUCAGGAUGCAUUAGACAAGAUGAUGGCAAGUAGGACAUGUAUUAUUAUUGCUCAUCGGCUAUCUACCAUACAAAAAUCAGACUCCAUAGCACUGAUAAAGAAUGGAAAAGUCGAAGAACAAGGAUCUCAUUCUGACCUACUUGCUGUUGGACAUGGUGGCUCAUACCAUGAACUCAUAAAAUUACAGCAAGAUAGCUCACAUCACAUACAGCAUACACUCUGAAUGCGUCCAGGGUCAAGUUUCUGGAAGGCAGUCAGAAAGUGUUAAUAGUUAAGAUAUUUGAUAAAUUGGUGAGCUCAUCAUUACUUGAUACUCUAUAGCCUUAUGAUGCUUGCUAGUUGCUAUGGUCAGUCAAAUCUUCCUACCAGAGGCUUGGAGGCUGCUUAAUACAGCAGGCCACCAAAGUUUGAACCAAAACUUGCCAUACUGGUUGGUUCCAUAUUGUAUCGGAUGUAUCUUAUUGUAUUGUAUCGAUACAGAACUGGUAUGCAGUCUCAUACCGUAUUAACACUCGGUAUACCUAACCAUUUUGUACCAUCAGACAUACCAAUAUUGUAAUAAGA